GAACCGCACGCUCUCUCUCAUCCCUUCCCGUCAUGCAGCGCUCCUGCCUGCUCCUCCGUCGAGCCGCCAUGUUGUCGGAGUGAAAGCCUGGGGUGUCGGAGAGAAACUGGGGCUGAUAUCCGUGACCAUCCACCCUCUCCGCCGGCUGUGGUGGAAUGAGCAGUGUGUGUGUGUUGAAGAGGAAAGCAGUGCUCUGGCAGGAUUCAUUCAGCCCCCACCAUAGAUCUACAUCCCCCAGCAUGCCCGUGGUGCUGAGCAGCGGAGGACAUGCCCCCCCAGCAGGGCAGACCCCUCAGGCCACACCCCCCAGCCAGCAGGGUGUGGCUGGUGCUGGACGUUCCCAAGAUGAUGCCAUGGUAGACUACUUCUUCCAGAGACAGCACGGUGAACAGCCUGGCAAACACCGCUGGCCCACUGGAGACAACAUCCAUGACAGUCAGGUGCGGUCCAUGGAUGAGCUUAACCAUGACUUUCAGGCGCUGGCUCUGGAGGGACGUGCAAUGGGAGAGCAGUUACUCACUGGGAAGAAGUUUUGGGAAUCGGAUGACUCUGGGAAGGAUGGCCCAAAAGGAAUCUUUUUGGAUCAGUGGAGGGACAGCGCAUGGGGUGCAUCUGAUCAUUCUGUUUCUCAGCCAAUCAUGGUGUCCCGUCGGCCAGGUCAGGGUUUUCAUGGUGGAGGUGAAGUUGGUGUGGGCUCUGUGAUGUCCCCACGGUCAGAGAGUGGAGGUCUGGGAGUAAGCAUGGUGGAAUACGUUCUCUCCUCCUCACCAGCUGAUAAACUGGACCCAUGUCUCAGAAAAGGGCCUUAUGGUCAAAGGGAUGGAGAGGGAGAGGAGGAGAAGCGAGAGAAGCCGAAAGCAGCGUUUGAGGGAGAAAAGCUGAAGGAGUUGGCUGAAGGAGAAGCUGAUGUGAUUAGCGAUGUGAUUAAUCCUAAUGGACUACCUGUACAAAAUGGCCUCGAUGUGGAUGUCAAAGAGUUUGGUCGUCCACCGGGAAACAUGCAGGCUCCAGGCCCAGAGGGGGACUUGCUCGGAGGCCCCGGAGGUGUGGGAGCUGAGGGCCUUGCUCCUUUGGGGAGUGGUGGGACCAAACCCCCAGAGGACUUUUCGGGUGUGGAGCAGGGUGGUGUUACCAUGGACCCCAUGGAGUCAGUGAUGGAACCACUACAAUUCGACUACAAUUCUCAGAUGCCCAUGGACUCUGCGCCCACUGUGGGUUUAUUUGAUUACACCAACCAGCAGCAGUUGUUUCAGAGAAAUAAUGCCCUCGCAGUGCAGCAGCUAACUGCAGCCCAACAACAACAGUAUGCCUUAGCAGCAGCUCAGCAGCCUCACAUCGGUCUGGCCCCAGCAUUUGUGCCCAAUCCUUAUAUCAUCAGUACUGCACCUCCUGGGACAGAUCCUUAUGCUGCUGGCCUAGCGGCAGCAGCUACACUUGGUCCAGCAGUGAUGCCUCCCCAGUACUAUGGCGUUACCCCUUGGGGGGUGUAUCCAGCCAACCUUUUUCCGCAGCAAGCGGCUGCAGCCAACAACUCGGCCAACCAGCAGGCAGCAGGCCAGGGGCAGCAGAACCAGCAACAGGUAAUGCGUGCUGGGGGAAGCCAGCGACCUUUGACCCCUAGUCAAGGUCAGCAAGGUCAGCAGAAUGACCAACUGGUUGCUGCUGCAGCGGUGAACUCGGCUCUUGCUUUUGGUCAGGGUCUAGCUGCAGGUGUUCCUGGUUACCCGGUGCUGGCCCCUGCAGCCUAUUAUGACCAGACAGGGGCAUUAGUAGUGAACACUGGAGCUCGAAGUGGGCCGGUCCGCCUCAUGGCCCCUGCGUCUGUCAUCAUAUCGCCUACUGCUGCACAAGCGGUGGCAGCAGCGGCAGCCUCAGCAGGUGGUGCCAAUGGUGGACUAGGUGGGGGUGCCAAUGGUCCAUUCCGUGCCAUGACGUCGCAGCAGCCUCAGCAGCAGGGUGGCCCAGGUGGUGGUCUGGGGGGCAGCUCCUUCUAUGGCUCCUCCUCCCUCAGCUCAUCGUCGCAGAGCUCCUCAUUGUUCUCUCAAGGCUCAGCUCAGCCCGGGCCGGGCUCUGCCUCUCUGGGCUUCAGCCAGCCUGCCUCUUCUUCUCUUGGAGCCACUCUAGGAAGCCUGGGAGGCUUUGGGACUGCAGUGGCCAACUCUAGUGGUGGAAGUGGGUCGCGAAGGGACUCCCUGACAGGAAACAGUGAGCUGUACAAACGAACACCCUCCAGCCUCACACCAAUCGGCCAUGGAGGCUUUUAUAAUGGCACCUUGGGUUUCAGUCCUUCUCCAGGACCUGUAGGAAUGCCUUUACCCAACCAGGGUCCCUCCCAUUCACUCACCCCUCCACCCUCACUGUCCAAUCACAGCUCCUCAUCCAACCUUAAUCUUGGAGGCCUGACCAAUGGAAGUGGGCGUUUCAUAUCGGCAGCACCUGGAGCAGAGGCCAAGUACCGCAGUGCCGCCAGCUCGGGCUCCUCCCUCUUCUCACCCAGCAGCCAGUUGUUCCCGUCAUCACGGUUACGCUAUGGCAUGUCCGACGUGAUGCCGUCUGGCAGAAGCCGUUUGCUGGAGGACUUCAGGAACAAUCGUUAUCCCAACCUGCAACUCCGGGACAUUGCUGGCCACAUAAUGGAGUUCAGCCAAGACCAACAUGGAAGCAGGUUUAUUCAGUUGAAGCUGGAGAGAGCCAGUUCAGCAGAGCGCCAGCUCGUCUUCACAGAGAUCUUACAAGCAGCAUACCAACUUAUGGUGGACGUCUUUGGCAAUUAUGUCAUUCAGAAGUUUUUUGAGUUUGGAAGUCUGGACCAGAAGCUGGCUUUAGCAGAGAGAAUUCGAGGCCACGUUUUGUCUCUGGCGCUGCAGAUGUAUGGCUGCAGGGUUAUUCAGAAAGCUCUGGAGUUCAUCCCUUCAGACCAGCAAGUCAUUAGCGAGAUGGUCCGGGAGCUGGAUGGACAUGUCCUCAAGUGCGUGAAGGACCAGAACGGUAACCAUGUGGUGCAGAAGUGUAUUGAGUGUGUUCAGCCACACGCGCUGCACUUCAUCAUAGACGCCUUUAAGGGACAGGUCUUCGCCCUCUCCACCCACCCGUACGGCUGCCGAGUCAUCCAGCGCAUUCUAGAACACUGCCUUCCGGAGCAGACGCUGCCCAUCCUGGAGGAGCUCCAUCAGCACACAGAGCAGCUCGUGCAGGACCAGUAUGGCAACUAUGUGAUCCAGCACGUUUUGGAGCAUGGAAGAGCAGAGGAUAAGAGCAAGAUAGUAGCGGAGAUCAGAGGCAAUGUACUGGGACUCAGCCAGCACAAGUUUGCAAGUAAUGUGGUUGAAAAGUGUGUGACCCAUGCAUCCCGAACUGAGCGAGCUGUGCUGAUUGACGAGGUUUGCAGUCUGACUGAGGGCCCCCACAGUGCCUUAUACACCAUGAUGAAGGACCAGUACGCCAACUACGUAGUGCAGAAGAUGAUAGAUGUGGCCGAGCCCACGCAGCGCAAAAUUGUUAUGCACAAGAUCCGGCCCCACAUCUCCACUCUGCGAAAGUACACAUAUGGCAAACACAUCUUGGCCAAACUGGAGAAGUACUACAUGAAGAACGGUGUCGACCUGGGUCCUCUCUGUGGUCCUCCAAACGGGAUCAUGUAAAACCUUCUCCCCCUUUUGUCCCGAAGCUUUUCCCUGUCUGUCAGAUGCCUUUUCACUCAUGUCCUCCACUCCGUCAUGUCUAACAGCCCCAACUCCAAUUGACCCUUUGGAGAAUGCCGUUCCCCAUUUCCCCUUCGUCUCUUACUCGUCGAGGACACGGAGUACCCCUUGAUCCCUUGUUUCCAUGACAACCUUACAGGAGGAGCCUUCGUUGAGUUGUUUCGUACCCCUCCCCCCCUCUGAGCCCUGGCCUGCUGAUCUGGGGCAAGCAGGGAGUGGACAGAGGUGAGAUCCUGGCUUUCUCAUCCAUCCACUCCCGCCUUUUUGUUUGGAAUUUUUAUUUAGAUUUUUGCUUUUCAUCAGAUAAAAACUGAAUCAUUUCACUUUUUGCUACUGCUGCGCCACAAUCCUACUGUCCCUCCUCCCAUCCUUAUAGCUUUUUACCACUAUGAGAUGGAAGAAGUAUUUAAUUUGUCUGACUUCACUGAAUCAUAGACAACACACCAUCAGCUAACCAGCAGACAGAUCAUUUAGCAUGGGAGAUUCGUUUCUGGUCUUGCUUCUAUAAAUAUAACGUGUAUACUUGGUGUAGACCUUUGCAUAUAUAUAUAAAUAUAUAUAUAAAACUUUGUAGUUUUUCUGGUUUUUGAUGUUGAAUCUGUAUCUAUAAUGUAUCCUAGUAGUGACCACAUACUUCUGACUGUAUAAUUGUACAUUUGUAAACCCUUGUAAUGUAAAAGUGCUUUACCACCCUUUUUGGUAUGAGAAGAAAAUGAAAAAAAAUCUCACCUUAAAAAAUCUUAGAAAAACCUGUGCAUUUCAGUGUAUAUUCUCACCUCCUUGGUUGUGACAUAUGAGUUGUUGUAUAUUGUAAAUUGUAAUAUCAAAUUUUUGUUUUGAAAAGCCCUUUCUAUACAGCGUAGUACUUGUACAAAGAUUCGUCACGCUUGGUUUUAUCUUGUCACUGCUUAACUUAAGACAUUGAUCUCCCACUGAACCCCAAUUGGACACAUUCUGUUAUAUUUAGUGGUGUCUUCUCAUUUGUUUAAGAGUUUUUGUUUUUUCUUUUGACCUUUUUUAAGCUCUUUUUAUAGGAACGCUUUACCCCAUGAAAUGUGUCAUGAGUGAGGGUUUGCUGAGUGGGGAAUCAUUUUUGUCCCAACUCCACAAACCCUUGAUGAUCAUGCCUGCUUUCUGUGGGGGAGGCCUGGAUUGUACAGAGGAGAUCUUGUGUUUUUUGGCAUUUCUCUAGUGCUGUAAGUGCUGUAUCAUACUGUCUAUGUCCUUUUGGGUGAGAGAGGCAUCCCGCUGAUAGUGCGGUGUACAUUUGAAGCAGCCUUGUGUAUAUUUACUACGAGCACACCUGUAACCAUAUGUGUAUAGUUAACAGAACCUGUGUAUGCUUAUUGCCUGGGCAACUAUUUUUUGUAACUCCUGUUGUAGAUUGUCUCUAAACAAUUGUGUGAUCUUUAUUUUGAAAACCAAACUGAACAAAAAAACUUUGAAAAGUU